AUGCCACGGCCCGGGUCCUCGCCGAAAUCUCGCCUGUCGCGCCCCGUGAUCCAUGAAGCUUUUGGCCAGGCCAUCACGCUCGCGCCGCAGUUUGCAAAGGAGGCUGGGUGUUUCGAUUUCUUAACCAGGGUGUACCCAGCGCAACGCCAGCUCGUGCUCGCCUUCGUCACAGAGGCCUUCGAGAAGUUGGGUUGCCCAUUGGACAAGGUUCGCCAGGGUGCACCUCUCGAGCCCGUCGGCGUCCUGCCCAAGUACAACCCACUGCUCAACGCGCUGCACGAGAUCCUGGAAGACGGGCGGCUGCUCGAGUGGCGCAAUGGCAAGAGGGUGCGGACGUACCGCCCUGUCGACAAGACAAGCUCCCAGACGCUGUACGAGCGGUUGGUCCGGGACGACCCUCCACACGCCAACACGCACCAGCUGCUGCACGUCACGGGCUCGCGUCUGGCUGAAUGUCUGACGGGCGCCGCAGAUCCCAUGCAGAUCGUCUUUGGCAAGAGCCGGCUGCUUCUGCAGGAGUUUUACACCAGCGCGCCCAUGCUGGUGACGGCGUCCAAGGUGGUCACCGAGCUGCUCCGGCGCGUCUUCUCAUCGUUUUCUGGAUCCUCUCCGAACGAGGUGAUCGAGAUCAUCGAGGUGGGCGCUGGGCUAGGCGGCACAGCCAAAUACAUUCUCGACAUGCUUGUCGAGGCGGGCAUCCCGUUCAAGUUCACCUACACGGACAUCUCGCCCUCGCUCACGGGCGCGGCCAGGCAGCGCUACAAGAACCUGUACGCGCAGCUGCCCAAGGGUACGGUGGAAUACAUGACCCUCGAUAUCGAGCAGCAGCCGCCCCCCUCGCUGCUGAACCGCUUCCACGCUGUCAUCUCGACCAACUGCAUCCACGCCACCAAGAGCCUCACGGCCAGCUGUGCAAACGCCCACAAGAUGCUUCGACCGGGCGGGUUCCUGGCUGUCGUCGAGGUCACCCCGAGACUGUUCUGGCUGGACCUGGUAUUUGGCCUGCUCGAGGGCUGGUGGCUGUUUGAGGACGGGAGGAAGCACUGCCUGGCGAAUGAGACGUUCUGGAAGACGAGCCUCGAGGCGGCUGGGUAUAAGAGUGUGGUGUAUGCCGAAGAAGGCGACGGGUAUAAGCCAAAUCCGCAGGUCAUUGUUGCUUGUACGGACUGAGUAGCUGGUUUGUAGGCGGUGGUUCUUUCCUUCCUUUUUUCCUUCUUUCCUUCCUCUUUCCUGUUAUAGCGUGCUUUCCCAGGUAAAAUUCUGUAGGGCGUACCUAGGGCGUAAAUUAAGACGUAAUUAGGGGCAAACUAUGUGCUUUAGUAGUAUAAAGGAGGCAAAACAAUACAUCGCUCUUUCCCGCUUCUG